CGGAGCCCUGGGCUCACUUCGCAGCCUGCUGCCGAGUUUCGCACCGCAGUCCUGCUCAGCAUCCGCCGAGCUUCGCCCCCUUGCCCAAGUCUGCAGAUGGAUGGAUGCGGGGCGCAGGCUUCUCCUGGUCGGGUUAACGCUGGCUCCGGCUAAAGCCCCGAAGCGCCCACCUCGCGCCUCCCGUUUAUCUGCUCGCCCCCACCACCACUAUCAAAGGACGUGCCCCUCUGGUAGUGUCGGGGCUCCCAGCCCAAGAGAGGAGGAGGACACCUCCCUCUCCCCUCCUCCCCAUCCCCGCCGCGGCUCGGGGUUUUACUGCAGCAGCCGGAGGUGACAGCGACGCCUUAGCCUCCUCCGUUGCUCUCAGAGCCCUGGCUUCCCCUGCAUCCGGAAAGCGCCCCCUCCUGAAAGGCUGGUCCUUGGAGAAGUGCUAACGAGCUGCAGAAAACCAAAUUUAAAAAUGUAGAAGUCGCUGGGCUGCAUUCCUCCGAGGACGAGCCCGGUCGCCCAGGACAGAGAGUGGCCGCGUGUGGGAAGUUGGGACCGUAGAGCAAGGGGGGGAGGGGAGUGGUGCAGCCGGCAUUCUCUUCUGGAAGGAAUCGCUGGGAGCAGUGCGGUUGGACACAAGUUUGCGUGGGAGUGUUUUCCUUUUGUCAAUAAUUAAUCACCGGAAUCGGUCUGGCAGAAUUGGAGUUUUAGCAAUAGUGCAGAGGGCGGGGCCGAACACCUAACUCCAGGAGGCUACGAGGCGCCCGGCGCAGUGGGAAGCUCGCAGCGGCUGGGGAGGAGCCAAAGCUUGGGCGCUCACCUAAGCCGCAGGGAGAUACACCCAACCCAACCGGGAGAUGAAGAAACAGCAACCCAGAGAAGAGAAGUAACCCACACAGGAUCAUUCCACAGAGGCACAAAGGCAAGAACCAGGAUCUGAACCCUCCUAGGCUGGACAGACUUUCCGCAGCUUGAAGGAGCCAACCAUGGAUUUCAAGCGUGUGAAGGACUACUUCUCCUGGCUCUACUAUCAAUACCAAAUCAUUAGCUGCUGUGCUGUCCUGGAGCCCUGGGAGCAAUCUAUGUUCAAUACCAUCUUACUAACCAUUGUUGCUAUGGUGGUGUACACCGCCUAUGUUUUUAUCCCAAUCCACAUUCGUCUGGCUUGGGAAUUUUUCUCCAAAAUGUGUGGCUAUCACAGUACAAUUUCGAAUUGAUCUUGUUUGCAUUCUGUGACUUGGCAUUGCCUAUGUAUAUGUUGCUUACAACUUACCGAUUUAUGUGAAUACUAUGUCUUCUUUCACUGUCUGCUCUGAAAAGCUCUCUUCUCUAUGCACUCUUAUAUCUUGCCUGAAAUGUGGGAUAGAUGCCUUUUAGGUUCUUUCAUACACUCUACAUUGUGCAUCAACCAUAUAACAGAAACAUCUUACCUCACAUGCCAACCAUAUUCUCUCAACUGAAACCUACAACUUUAGAUUUUUUUUUUAAUCAGGAAAUUUCAUAGAAAAUUUUUCUGAAAAGUCGGCUCAUAAGAAACCUACCAGAAUCAUUUAAAAUGCUCCCUUGAUACUUAUUCUGUACUAAAGGGUAUAUUUUUAAAAAAAAUUUUGUUCAAAAGCUCCUGUCAAAAGUAUCCUAUCCUUGUUUACAACAUAUAAAAAGACAUGAAUAAAUUAUAUGGGCCUCCUAAAGUCUUAUUUUCUAAUAAAUUGCUGAUACCUAAAAUUCUUUUACUUCAAGUGCAAAAGAAUAGGCUGGAGGCAAUUAUCUCUUUUCAGACAUGGUUCAUGAAUUAUUUCAAAUGCCUCUAAAAGUCUGGCUUUAUAAGAGUUUAAAAUCAACAAUGUUGAUUUUAGAUAACCCAGUAAGUAUUAUAAUACAAAAAAUAUUAAGUGUAAGGAACAAAAUAUAAUCAAAGUAAAUUCAGAUAUUGUGACUUGUGGGGCUGAACCUUGCCUUGCAUGACGCUGGGGAGGGAGGGGGGAAGAGAAAAGAAACUGCUUUCUUUCUGUGAUUUCACUCAGUGGAGGUGGUGGGGGGAGUAUGUAUUGGGCUACAGGAAGAAAAGCUAAUAAAUAGGCUGGAAGUAAUAUUCUACCAGCAGGAACUCGACAGCUCCAGUUAAAUGCUUUGAUAUAGUGGCUCCUUUGCACAGUGAAAACAAGAUUUAUUAAAUUUCCUUCAAAGUGUUUAUCUUAAAAACAAAUACAAGUUUUUAAUUGUACUGCUGAAUCAAAUGUGAAUGCCAAAGACCAGACAUUACAGUCUGUCUUUCCUUUCAAUAAAUAUUAAAGUUCGUAAUUCUGAGGGUAAAAA